UAACAGUUUAAAUGUAGGAGUGUUUUUAGUCUCUGAAAGAGUCUUCACUCACUGCUUUCGCUUUACCUUGAAUAUCUCAAAAAGUUGCUUAAAAGAAGAUCUGCCUUUUUCUUGAUACCAAAACUUUUAAGUUGAGCUCUUGCAUAUUUGUCUCGGCAUUGAAUGUUCUGUACAAAAUAGACUCCUCGACAUGCUCAUUGGUGGGUUGUCCUUAGCUCCCACAGCAAUCUCGGGGGACUCUAAAUAUUCUCAAACUGCUGGAGGAAGAGGUCCACCUCGCUGACGCUACCCUGCAGUAUCAUGGCUCCAAGCAGCAACUCAACCCUUCCCCUUUCCUGCAAACUGAGUGAGUGACUGACAGUAUUAGAAAUACAAGCAACUUUGAAAGUUUGUAGACUUCUCUCCAGAUCUUCCAUGCUAUUCGGAGUCAACAUUACGUCUGGGAUUAGUUUGGGUAGUUACAACAACAACAACAACAACAACAACAACAACAACAACAACAAAUCAUUAAGAGAGGAACGACAACUGUGGAAAGUCUGUCAAUGCAGCUGAGUCUGUAGUUACAACUGCUCCCUUUUUGCUUCUUCCAUCUGGAGAGACGAAUUGAAUAUCACACUCCAGUCAGCCUUGUUGAGGCUUGCCUGGAACCUCAGUGGAAGAACUCUUCAACAUUCCUCAAUGGUUUCUCCUGCAUCCUGGGGCACUGGGGAUUAAUCAGAUCUGUCCUCCAUCCGACUGUGUCACUUUUGUUUUUGUUUCCCACCUGGACUCUUCCUGUGUUUUGGUUUAUUGCAAUACAAACCCUCAUGGAGUCAAUUCAGAACCGCCCGGUGAUUAAUGGGAGAGAAGUUACAGACUGAGUUGUAAAGUUCAAGAAUCCUCAAGAGGCUCUGUUCAGAUGUUCAGGUUAUUUUUUUUACGGCCACGAGUGUCUCGUGUGAGCUUAAGGGACAAUGAACAAAGACCACCGAAUGGCAAGGAAUGGCGUGCUGACUGGCUUCGGACACGGUCGGAGACACUCGUGCUUGGGUUUUGAUGUGGAGAAUGGCCUGUCAGUGGGUCGCAGUCCACUGGACUCUCAGACUAGCCCAAGUUCUGGUCUGGUCCUUCAGGCCAACUUCCCCCACAGUCAGCGCCGCGAGUCCUUCCUUUACCGCUCAGACUCAGACUUCGACCUUUCGCCCAAAAACAUGUCCCGCAACUCGUCCACUGCCAGCGACCUGGAGGAGGGAUUGAAGCAUUGGGAAGUCAAUUGGCUACCUCGACAUGGAGAAGACAUGAUAGUGACUCCAUUUGCACAGGUUCUUGCCAGUCUACGAACAGUAAGAAGUAACUUUUCUGUUCUGACACAUCUGCAAGAUCGUGGAACAAACAAGCGGCCGACAAGCAGCAACCAGCCACCCAUGUGUAAGCCAUGUCUUACAGAGGAGCCCUACCAGAAGCUGGCAGUGGAGACACUGGAAGAGCUGGACUGGUGUCUGGACCAACUGGAGACGCUGCAGACAAGACACUCAGUCGGCGAGAUGGCAUCCAAUAAGUUUAAGAGGAUGCUAAACCGUGAGCUGACGCAGUUAUCAGAGACAAGCCGCUCAGGGAAUCAGGUGUCAGAGUUCAUCUCCAACACUUUCCUAGAGAAACAGCAUGAUGUGGAGAUCCUGUCUCAACCUUCUAAGGAGGAAAAGAAGAAGAGGCCGAUGUCACAGAUCAGUGGUGUGAAAAAGGUGACGCAGAGCCCCAGCUUAGCACCCACCUGCAUCCCCCGCUUUGGAGUGAGCACACCACACGAGAGCCUGCUUGCCCAGGAGGUCGAGGAAAUUAAUCGUUGGGGUCUGGAUGUGUUCAAGAUAGCAGAAUUUUCCGGAAACCGCCCUUUGACGGUGAUCAUGUACUCCAUCUUCCAGGAGCGAGACCUUCUGAAAACCUUUAAGAUCCCAAAUGACACCUUUAUCACCUUAAUGAUGACCCUUGAGGACCACUACCAUGCAGACGUAGCUUAUCACAACAACAUUCAUGCAGCUGAUGUGGUGCAGUCCACCCACGUCCUCCUGUCCACCCCUGCUUUAGAGGCGGUGUUUACAGACCUGGAGAUCAUGGCUGUUCUGUUUGCUAGUGCCAUCCAUGAUGUUGACCACCCAGGAGUCACCAACCAGUUCCUGAUAAACACCAGUUCAGAGCUGGCACUGAUGUACAACGAUGCUUCGGUGCUGGAGAAUCACCACCUCGCUGUGGGCUUUAAACUGCUGCAAGAAAACAACUGUGACAUCUUCCAAAACCUCAGCAAGAAACAGAAAGACUCCCUCCGAAAGAUGGUGAUCGACAUGGUGCUUGCCACUGAUAUGUCCAAACACAUGAACUUCUUGGCGGACAUGAAGACAAUGGUGGAGACCAAGAAGGUGACCAGUCUGGGGGUCCUGCUGCUUGACAACUACUCUGACCGCAUCCAGGUUCUGCAGAACAUGGUACACUGUGCUGACCUGAGCAACCCAACCAAACCACUGGAGAUUUACCGCCAGUGGACGGACCGCAUCAUGGUGGAGUUCUUCACCCAGGGAGAUCGAGAGCGGGACAAAGGCAUGGAGAUCAGUCCCAUGUGUGACAAACAUAACGCCUCUAUAGAGAAGAACCAGGUGGGCUUUAUCGACUACAUUGUCCACCCUCUGUGGGAGACAUGGGCGGACUUGGUGCAUCCUGACGCACAGGACAUCCUGGACACGCUGGAGGACAACAGGGAGUGGUACCAGAGCAUGAUCCCCCGCAGCCCAUCGCCGUCCAGCCCGGAGGAGCACCAUGUGGAUGUGAUACCAGGGGCAGGAGCUGUGGGAACCAUAGGGGCUGUGCCUUCAGGAGCAGGAGGAGGAGGAGGAGGAGGGGACAAGUUCCAGUUUGAACUCACUCUGGAGGAGGAAGAAGAGGAUGAGGAGGAGGGAGAGUCUGACCUGGAGAGCCCCCUUGAGGAGGUGUCCCAGUUGGGUGGGGAGCGGCACCAGGACUCCUCCUCCCCCUCUUUGUCCCCAGACCCCCGCGGCAGCAGCAGGUACCGCCCCCCCUCGCCCCAUCCGUCUCGGACCCUGAAUCUGGCUGCCAUGUCGGUGCGGAGCCCCCACAGGACGCUGACUUCCCCUGGGCAGGAGGUCGGCGACAGAGAACUGAGCAAGGAGAGCGACGGGGUGGCGUGCCUACGUAUGGGCACGUAACAACCAGCACAACCUGCCCUGCCUGAGAGACACGAGUGCUGGAUGUGGAGAGACGGCGGCAGGGCAGGCUUUACCCAUAAAGUCUGUAAAAUCACUACAGUCCCUUUACACUGGAGACACCCACUCUGGAGAACUGUUUUAUUUUAUAUUUUAACCAAAAGAAUAGUUUCAGCCCCUCUUCUGGGGCCUGAUCGGCCUUUGUGUCCCAUCCUGCUUUGUUGUAGCUUCAGUUCAGAGUCCCAGACAAAGACUGUUGCAUUUACCUGGGAAGAAGGGUGGAGCCAAGGUAUGAUACUGGAACAAACAAAAGGUAAAGGAAAUGUCUUCCUCCAAUAACAAUAAUGAGAACCCCCGGUGGUCUGACAGGGUCUUGGAAAUUAUUUUGCACCAUAGUUUGAAUUUAGGAUAUGAAAUUACUGAAUCCGGUUGGAAUAAGUAUGAUUUUUUUGUUUGAGAAUGAUGUGAGAGAUGAACAAUUUUGCCAAAUACAGAAUGUAGGUGAGAGAAAAUCGAUGGAACUAAACCUCAGGGUAUGAAGAAACACAUAAAUCUAAUGUAGCACAGAUGUAGUGGGUUCCCAUGACCUGCCCCUUAACCCCAAACUUUCUGUUCUGUUUGAUUUACCUUCAAACCAGAGACAUCUGAGACUUAAACCUGUGUCUCUGCAUUUAAUUAAAACCCUUCAAUAUAAAAUUUGGCAACUGAAGCAAUUAAAUAAUAUUUAUGUAAACCAUCUUGUAGCACCACAAAGAUUAAACACUGGAGAAGACUCCAGUCUCACCUGACACCUCCUGUAUAAUUAGUUUGUGCUUUAUUUUUUUACCUGAGAUUAUUUUAAAUGGUGUCAUUGUUUUAGGAUUUUGGACAGUUCUUUGUUGUACAUUUGCUUGUCUUUUGUCUGUUUAUGUGCUUGAAAAGCAUUUUUUUAUCAGGGUGCCUCCAGUCCGUAGUAGCACUUUACCGUCUCUGCUCUUCAGCUCUUCUAUUCAUUCACACAAAGGGCUUCGUCCACUGUAGGCCAACUGAUCACACAAUAAAAAAAACAGUACGGGUUGUCUGACUAAAGGUUCCAGAAGGCCGGGCAGGAAACUCACACAUCGGUUGAUUUAGAAUGAAAGAUAGAAGAAAGGUUCACAACCUUCUGGUUAGUCAGAUAAUGUUGGAAUUAUAAGACUCCUGUUUUGAUCCCAAUAAACUAUUUUGCACUUUAGUUUCUUGAGGUUCAAAUUCAAUUUAUUUUAUUGUAAAAUAAACAGUCAAAUAUUUUUAAAAUAGUGUGUGGCAAAAACAGGAUGUGAAAAAGAAUUAUGUAAAAAUGAUGUUCUAUUUUCUAUGAGGAUCUUAUAAUUCCAAAUAAGUCACUAUGUUGUUGUGUCCCUCCCCUGCCGGCAGGAUCUGAUGUAGGGAUCAGAGGUUGCUGACCGAAAUAAAUCAUAAGCAGAUUGUGUUCCAUCAGGUUAUCCGUCCUAUUUGAUAGAUAGUGCUCGACUGGGAUAUUUGUGUCCCAUAAGUGUUGAAAAGACACAAACACCUGCCCGCCUACAAUGCUGUACAUUUUUACAUAGAGAUUUUAACCUGAUGAAUGUAUCAAAGUCACUGACUUUAUAGUGUUAGUUUUUAUGAAUGGUACAUGUUACCAGUAUUUUAAAGUGGACAGUUUAUUAGAUUUUGUGCAGCACAUGAUCAGUCGGUUUAGCCCUUUCCUAAUCAGAUAGCUGGGACGUAAGAAUGUGUGUAGCUUCAGGAGUCCAUGUUCAGUCUAGAGCAGUGUUUUUCGCGUCACUGAAGUAGAAAGACCAGGAAGCUAAGAAGCACUACACAAAGAUAUGAUGAACUUCCUGGUCAGGCAGUCAUAGAAAACACCAGUUUAACAGUAUUUCAUAACUCAGCUAGCCUUACAUGUAAUAUGGUAUGAAUGUGCUUGGAGCCUAGUGUUAAAGGACCAUUAUGCUGAUUUUAACAUGCUGAGCCUCAGAGCAUUGUUUGCUUCGCCAAUCUUGAAAAGCAAAAAAAUAAUCUCAAAGAAUCAGAAUACAGAAAAACAAGAAACUUUACAUUUCUCAUGACAGCAGCUAUCUGUAAAGAGCUGCCAUGUAAUCCUCAGCAGCGGAGCAUUUGGAUCAAAUGUUUCACAGACCUUCCUUCUACAGGCUAAUAUUUACAUUUAAACACACAUGUCAAUCUAAUUGACAGAUGGCCCUGAAAACCCUUAUGGUCUUUUCUUUGCCAUCACCCUGACAAUGAACCUGUCAUUUAACAUGAAACACUUUCAUAUUGUGUUGUGUAGUAAUGAAAAUUGCAACAUACGGAACCUGGGAUUUAAUCCUAAAAGUUGCUCUGUAAUAAUCAUUAAGCUUCCUCUUCCUAUCCAAGCUUUGGGUCUUGGUACUAAAUGUUUAAAUGUGUUUAAAUCCUCUAGCCCACUGAUGUCACUUAAGCUUUUAUUUUAGACUGCUGGUAUGCAGUUAAAGUUACUUCCUAGGGUUGGUUAAAAAGCACAUUUCCUCAACUUCGUUAAGAUGUUGAGGAUUAAAGGAUGAAGAAGCUCAGACAGACAAUAGUAAGCCACUUUCAUUUAAAAAUGAUAAAAGAAAAUUCUUCCUCUUUUACAACCUAUGAUUUUUAAGAUUUGUUUGAAACAUGUUUUCACAAAGUGUUCUUGAUUAAGUAUCAAAGUAAAAAACUUUUGGCAUUUUAAUCUAAAUAAAACCAUGUGCUUCCCUCUAUGUGACAGCUAUAACACAGCAGCUGUCCCUUAGCUCUCCUGCAGCAAAGAAAGCGAGAGUUUUGACAUUUCCUGUUAGUAUGGAAUACUAGCCAGGUGUAGUUUGUACAAGCAGUGACAGUCACCAUGGCUUCACAGAAAAGCAAUGUACAGCAGAAAGUCCAUCAUUUCAAGUUCAUUAUACAGUUCCAAUUUUGAAGAAGGAGAAUACAUAACUUUCCUUGAAGAAAAUGGAUUUCAUAAUGUGGGAUUACUGUGGAUUUGAGACUUAAUUGAUUUCAGUUUUCAGAAGAGUUACAUCGGCAUGUUAAAAGCACAGCAGCGUGGCUCUUUACAGGAAGACCGUGCUAUACAGUGUUAAUGUGUUGACGAGCAAGUCCCUGCACUCUCCAUUGUGUCGCUGAUACUGCCAACAUUAAAUGUUCAUGCUGUCUGUUUUCUCAGCCUCUGAUGUGUAAACUUCUAUUAAAAAAAAAAAAAAAAAAAAAAAAGGAUAUUUAUUCUUCAAACAUGUCUAUCAAGACAAAGUACUGUAACAUAGGACAUUUGUUUUUAUGUUCUGGAGCCUAAAAAUCACAUCUACAUCUGCACUCCAAUGUUUCUGUCGAAGAAAAUAAUUGUUUCUCAUUCAAAGCCAAAAGACUGUUGGAAGGUCAGGGUGUUUUAAGUGGAAAAUACCAAUAAAA